AUGGCCGAACAAAUGUCAAAGAUGGCUCGCGCGAACGGUGCAGAUACCCAUUCGUCAACCCCAGUCGUGUGUUUAGUAAUAGAAGGUGGAACAAACACAGUGCGCGCUGUGCUCGAAUACGUCACUGACACACCACCAGUUCCUGUUGUGGUGUGCGAUGGAAGUGGGCGAGCUGCUGACCUCAUAGCAUUCGUGCACAAGUACGCAUCAGAAACGGGGGAACAGACUGUCCUGGAGUCGAUGCGUGAUUACCUCAUAAGCACCAUACAGAAGACGUUCGAAGUGGGAUUGCAGCAAGCGGAGUGCUUGUACACCGAACUUCUACAGUGUACGAGAAAGAAGAAUCUGAUCACGGUCUUCCGUAUCCAAGAACGCGCAGAAGGUGGCGAAGUCCAGGAGCUAGAUCAGGUGAUAUUGACGGCAUUGUUCAGAGCUCAACACCUGUCGCCAAGUGAGCAGCUGUCUCUUGCUCUUACUUGGAAUCGAGUGGAUAUUGCAAGAUCCGAGAUCUUCGUGUACGGACAGGAAUGGCCUCGAGGUGCACUUGACGAAGCCAUGAUGCAGGCGCUUGAACACGACAGGUUAGAUUUCGUGAAGUUGCUUCUGGAGAAUGGAGUGUCGAUGAGGAAAUUCCUGACAAUUCCACGUUUAGAAGAGCUUUAUAACACUAAAAGUGGGCCCAGUAAUACUCUGCAGUAUAUUCUGAGGGAUGUGAGACCCCAUUUGCCCAGAGGAUAUGUGUACACUCUUCAUGAUAUUGGACUAGUCAUCAACAAACUCAUGGGAGGAGCUUACAGGUGCUACUACACACGGCGCAAGUUUCGUCCCAUUUACGCGAAGGUGAUGAACAAGAGUGUGAAUGUUCACCGGAAUAGUGCUUCCUUCACUCGUCACAACGCUGGUGGCCUCUCGCUCAUCACCGGCUUCAUGCCUGUCACCACAGAGAUGGCGCUAUUCGAUUAUCCUUUCAACGAACUUUUGAUGUGGGCGGUAUUGACUAAGCGGCACCAGAUGGCGUUACUAAUGUGGACGCACGGGGAGGAAGCUCUUGCCAAGUCUCUGGUAGCAUGUAAGCUUUACAAGGCCAUGGCUCAUGAGGCUGCUGAAGACGAUAUGGAGACGGAAGUGUAUGAGGAGCUUCGCCAUUACGGAAAGGAGUUUGAGACCAAAGCACUGGAAUUGUUAGAUUACUGUUAUCGACAAGACGAUGACCAAGCACAGCAACUUCUUACAUGUGAACUCCAGAAUUGGUCAGGUCAGACUUGUCUAAGUCUUGCUGUAGCCGCUAAUCACAGAGCUCUUCUGGCUCAUCCCUGUUCUCAAAUAAUCCUAGCUGAUCUGUGGAUGGGGGGCCUUCGAACCCGCAAGAACACCAACCUAAAGGUAAUACUGUGCCUGCUGUGUCCACUCUACAUACUCCAACUGGAGUUCAAGUCGAAGGAAGAGCUGCAGCUGAUGCCGCAGACUGAGGAGGAGCAUUUGGAAAACGAGAGUAUAGAGGAUGAUAGAAGCACAAAGGACCCCAAUGACGCUGAGGUCGGGAUUAAACGGCGAACGCUGUCAAUAAAGAAGAUAAUACCUCCGGGACAGUUGGGUAAAACGGAGAAGACGCAGGCGUUGAUUGGCUCAGGGGCCGAAUGCGAGACCCGUGUAGAUCAAAAUGGGAAAGUUGGUAAAAUAGGCUGGGAACUGUCAUACAGAGAGCUUCCUGAAUAUCACGCGCCUGAAGACAAGAGGAUGAGACCUCUACGACUUAGGAAGAAAAUCUAUGAGUUUUUUACGGCGCCGAUUACAAAGUUCUGGGCGGAUUCGAUCGCAUACAUAUUGUUCCUACUGAUGUUUACAUAUACAGUAUUAGUCAAGAUGAGUCACACACCAUCUUGGCCUGAAAUUUAUUCUAUUUGUUAUAUUAUAACGUUCUUAUGUGAGAAAAUUAGGGAAAUUAUUACGUCCGAACCUGUUGCUAUUAGACAUAAGUUCAGUGUAUGGGCAUGGAACAUGUGGAAUACGUAUGACGCUGGUUUUAUAAUAUUCUUCCUCGUGGGCCUAACGCUGCGCCUACGCCCCAGUUCUAUGGACGUUGGCCGAGUCAUAUAUUGUGUAGACAUUAUUUAUUGGUAUUUAAGGAUAUUGAAUAUUUUGGGUGUUAAUAAGUAUUUAGGUCCUCUAGUCACAAUGAUGGGAAAAAUGGUUAAGAAUAUGAUAUACUUCGUGGUGCUAUUACUAGUGGUAUUGAUGUCAUUUGGAGUGGCCAGACAAGCUAUUUUAUAUCCAGAUAAAGAAGCCAGUUGGUAUUUAAUAAGAGAAGUAUUCUUCCAACCAUACUUCAUGUUGUACGGAGAAGUGUUCGCCGAACAAAUGGCGCCACCUUGCGGCCUGCCAGGCCUAGAGGAUUGCCGAGUGGGCCAUUGGGUCCCACCUCUAGUCAUGAGCAUUUACCUCUUGAUCGCAAACAUUCUCCUUGUCAAUCUGCUCAUAGCCGUCUUCAAUAACAUUUUUAUUGAAGUCAAUGGCGUCUCGCACCAGGUGUGGAUGUUCCAAAGAUUCACUGUGGUAAUGGAGUACGAACAGAAGCCGGUACUACCACCUCCAUUGAUAACGUUUUGUCACAUUUACGCGACUUGCAAAUGGGUCACAAGGAAUGUGUCACACAAGAGGUUUCAGUAUGACAACGGACUGAAGCUGUUCCUGGAAAAAGAGGAUAUGGAGAGGCUAUAUGACUUUGAGGAGGAGUGUGUUGAAGGCUAUUUUAGGGAACAAGAAAUAAAAUUAUCCAACUCUUUAGAAGAGAGAGUUAGAAAUACGACGGACAGAGUAGAGCAUAUCACGACCAAAAUGGAAGACUUAAAUCAAAAAGCUAAUUGCCAAAUACAAUCAGUCCAGAGCGUAGAGUUUAGGUUAAGAAAGCUAGAAGACGUAGCGGAACAGACAAUGAAUCACUUAGCGGUGAUACAUCGUUUCAUGGCGACACAUCCCUCCCUCGUCAAUCGCGGCUCCACUGACACCCUGGGACCGCCCCCUCCCACCUUCCAAGCCUGUGGAGCUAGGCUGAGGACUGCCAGCGACCGGUCUGAGGUGCUGUCUGACAGCGACACGGGCGCAGCGCGCUUCAUCGUCCGUCCCGUACAAGAGGAGGACGAGGUCUCACAGCCCUCCGACGAUGAACUUCCGCAAUCUGGGCCGGAAGUCGUCGCUGUGAAGGAACCGGAACCGGAUUCUACAUCCACCUCUUCCGGCGCAAGCGUUGCUGGGCCUGACGUGACAGUUGUCAAACCAACGGUCAUUACUCCAGCACGUCAACGGUCAUCUGACAGCAACAGAACAGAACCCAGUGAUGAUAAGAAAGUGCCAUCAUCAAAUGAUGACGCUUUCUUACCGGAAGUGCGUGAAAUUCCGCCGGAUAACAACAGCCUUCGUCCACGUACCACUUCCGCUGGCACACGCCGCACUGCAAACGCCCGACGACGAUCUGAGGGCGGAAAUGAUUGCGGAAUGGGAGGACCGCAUUCCUCUCAUCACCUGGCACCCAGAAGACAACACAGCCAGACCCAUUCUGAGCCAGACAAUUCUGCAGUAGAUGCCGGUUCUGUACACAAUUCUUUAACAGGUCGUCAGUCAGGCUGGGAGGCAAAUGGGGCAACCGGUGCACCGUCAACUAGAUCCCGUGUGGGUGGAGCACCGCGCUCCCUUCUUCUUGCAAUGCACGAAUACACCAGCAUCACAGACGAAUUGGAAACCGUGUAUGGAUUGUUCUCACCACCGCAUACACCAAGAACUCCAAUAGCAACGCGCCUGCUUUCGCCCGCCCGUCCCACGUCACCAUCAGUUCGCCGGCGACACGCUAGUGAGAUGUCCAAUCCAGAGUUCGCCCUCUUCAUGGAGAAGGAGCAUCUACGUGGUGCUGAGGAAGAUGACUACAACAUCAUGGAGAACCUGAUACAGCGUCGCCUAGAAAUGGAGUCUGUCCUGGGCAGAUUCGAGGAAGAAGAGGCCGGUGGAGAGGGGGAGGUGAGCGGCAUCAGCAUCAGCGUCUGCGUCAACACCAGUGGGGAGGAAACCCGGCAACAGCCUCCCGCUAACACCACGCUACUCACUGUCACUGACAGGCGCUUGCCGCACCAGAGGCACUCUCUUCGUAGAGCGUCGGCGAUAGAUACCCGUGACUUGCCAUCACCUCUGCAACCACUGCUGGGAGAAGAUGGCUGCGGAGAUGUUCUAUUACCCGUACCGAGGCAGCCUUCUGGCGACACAAACGCGUCGAGCGAUUUAUCACUAUCGCACAUGGUCAGUGAAAACCUCCCUCCUCGACCAUCAAUUGUCCUCGAUUCGUCUCAACUUCCGAGACAACGUUCAGCCGAACAACCACAGCAACCGCAGCCACCCGGGCCAUCACGGCCAGAGACAAUGUGUUAG